AUGGCUUACCUGUUGAAAUACUACACCUUUUCGGCAAAAAUUCGUACCUUAAGUGAAUUUCAUAGUCGUAUAGCAUGCAAUCAACAACCACCAAGUGCUGCUGAAAUUUUAACAACAUUGCGAUAUUUUCAACAAACAUUGAUUGGAUUUCUGAAAGAAAUGCCACCAGUACCAACAAGCGCCUUCGAGCGUUAUUGUCCCACAUUGAAUCGAGUAACAUUAUAUCCAAAUUUGAAUUAUUCCGGACUUUAUUAUGGAAUAAUUAAUUUAUUAGAUGUUUUUCAACAAAUUUCAUCCUCACAUCUUGCUAUUGGUGAUGCAAUUCUUGAUACAAUGAAAGCUUUGUAUUUCUUUCUACAACGUGAUAUUCUCGAACAAUUACCAUUUUUAUUAGCUUCUCAACUUGGUAUUUUACCUGCUGAACUUGAUAAAAAACUUGUGCAUCUGAUAAGCACCUGUUUCAUUCCAUUUAUUCUGAUACCAAAACAGGAAUGCUUUUCAGUGCCAGCUGUUCUAAUGAUGAUACUUCAGCAUUCGACCGAUUUCAGUCUUCAUACACUUUUUAUCGAAAAUCUUUUGGCACAAAAAGAAAAUGUUUACAGGGAUAUGAUAUUAGUAUUAUCAAAAGGUACAAGUGAAGCUCGUAUUGCUGCUGCAAAUUUAUUAUUCCAUUAUUGGCCAAUUCAUAAUAAACACAUAUUACAUCGUAAAUCAAUUCAAUAUCGUAUUCAAGCAUGGACAUGCAUACCAUGUCAAAAUACCAAAUGUGUGGAUAAUGAGCCAAGUGUACGAUGCUGCUUUGAUCCAUUAAUUUCAAUAAAAUACGGUGAGACAGCACCGCCAAUAUCACUGUGUAAAAAAUGUGCUGAAAUGGUAGAAAGUGAUGAUAAGAUAACAACGAUACCAAUUUGUAUGCCAAUAUCAGCAUCGAGUAAUGUAGUUUGUCAAAAUAAGGGUUGUGAAUCAUCAAAACGAUUAGCUAUAGGUAUAUGCUUUUCUGAAGAUUGCAUUCGAUCACAUCAAUAUGUUCCGUUACGACUUUGUCAGGAAUGUCUUGAUGCAUUACAUAGUGUUAAUUGUAAGGAACAUAUUAAUCAUCGUAGUAUGAAAUGUGCUUGGGGGACAGAACUUGAAAGAGAUAUUGUCGAAGCGAUUGUUAAACUUUUAAAAGAAACUUCUGCUAAUUUAGAAGGAUCGGAAACUGAGGGUAAAAGACCGAAAUGGUUACGACAAUUAGAAGGUGGUCAUACACUUGGCCGUGACAUUGAUAAAAUGGCCGAUGAACGAAGAGCAUUAAGUCGUUUUGGUAUUUGGCUUCUUGCGACAAUCUGUCCACCUGUACCAGAAGCUAGACCGCAAGCGAUUGCUUAUAUGAUGUCAAUGUUAUUGCAAUGGUUUGCAACAACUGCUCUAUUACCUAAUGAUUCUAUUGGUGCUGCAUUAGAACAACUUAGAACUGAUUUUGUAUUAGAUUGGAUUAAUUUGGCAAUUAUGAAUCAUUAUGAGAAUUUUGUUGAAACUUUAAUGCCAAAUCCACCGGAAUAUGCUCAGGUUGGAGGUGUCUGGGAUAGACUUUCAACAAAAAAAGAACAAAUGCGUGAUGGACUUUAUAAGUUAUUAGCAAUAAUGCCGUAUGAUAUUAUCACGUUGAGUACGUGGAAUCGAUUAAUGCCACAAUGGAUGCAAAGUAUUUGUGAUUUAAUGGAAGAUGAUGAUUUUUCUGAAUUUAAAAUACUACUCAGCAAAAUAUUUGAACCAGAUCUACGUCCAUUACCAUUCAUAUGA